AGGUCGAAUAAUCUAGAUACUGAAGAAAAUGAAAACUCUUGGUCCCCCAACUCUAAAAAAUAUAAAAGCAAUCAACACAAAGAGUGAAGUCAGUCACAAAGAGUAUUCCAUACCUAAGGCGCCAAAAACGUGACCUCGUUGAAGUGAAUCGAAGGACGUCAAGCUUCUAGAGACACUGAAAAAUAAAAUAAGAACAAAAUCUUUUUAAGGGGUCGAGGGACAUAAAGUCGCGAAGAAGCGGCAGUUUAUCGGCCCCUAGUUUUGGAAUAUGGCGUGUGAACGUUAUCGCUCGUUAAGCUGCGUGUACUUUAUUGGAUUUACAUUAUCUUUCAUAUUAGGAUCUUUACAAGUGCUCGCAGAACCAGAACUUCCUUAUUAUUAUUAUAAAUCUUCAACGAGACUUGAGAAUAUCGAUGACAUUGUUAUUCAUUCUAAUAAGUUAGUUGAAGUAACAAACUUAAAUCGCUUAAAACGAUCAUUAGGAGGGCCAGAGUUAUUACCAUCAACAACUUCAACUACAAGUAUUUCAGCCUUAUCAACAUUACAUGACUUAGUACAAGAAUCUCCAAUUAUAAAAACAGAAACAGAAUCAACGGCUAACGUAACUUACUCAACAGAAAAUAUAACGAAUUCACCGGCUGAAUCAACAGUCACAAGUACUACAUUAAAACCAAAUAUCACAAAAAAUGGAAAAAACUCUUCUAUUAUUGUAUCUCAACCUAUUGUCCCAGUUACUGAACCACCUCCAACAAAUAUUAAUGUUUGGGCUAACCAAACACGAUGGCCUAAUGCGACUCGAGAUAAUGUCAAUUCAAAAAUGGAUAACAAAUUCAAUAGAGUUGAUUUAAUGAAUUCAACCGACACUUCAUCUAAUUCAUCAGAUAUUGAUGAUAUAUCAAUAUCCAAGUUCACUAAUUUUUCAAACAAUACUUUAACUCAGAAUAACAUCACGAAACAAGAAGAAGAUACUCAUCAGUAUUACAAUAGUACGUUUCUCAUUGAUGAAACUGUAGCUAAGUCUUACUGGGUUGAUAUGGAUAAUCAUCCUGAUCGAAAAGUUAAUGAUCUUUUAAGUCAAAGUCAUAGGAGAGCUGCAACUGUUAAAUUGAAAUUCGAGUUCCUAUUUUAUGGUCACAAAGUUCGAAAUAUCACAAUAGCUACGGGUGGAUUCUUAUAUACAGGAGAAUAUGUUCAUAGCUGGCUUGCUGCUACUCAAUAUAUUGCUCCACUGAUGGCGAAUUUUGAUACCCGUCUUUCAAAUGAGAGUUUUGUUAAAUACGCAGACAAUGGUACGGCAUUCACUGUUGAAUGGACAAAAGUUGUACUACAGGAUAAACCAAAAGCUGGUGAAUUCACAUUCCAAGUUACACUUUUUCAAAAUGGAAACAUUGUUUUUGUUUACAAAGAAAUGCCGCUAUCAGUUGAAGAGAUCGAAGAUAAGGCUCAUCCAGUUAAAGUUGGACUAAGCGAUGCCUAUAUUAUGGAUAGAACACGUUUUUUUGUUCGUAAGAAAACGAUUUAUGAGUACCAUCGUGUCCAUUUCAAUCAUCAGAAUAUUACAAAUUGGACUGUGAUUUAUCUUCGUGCUUUACCAACUUGUCUAGAAAUGAAAAAUUGCACAGAUUGUCUCACUAAAGUACCAGAGUUUUCCUGUAAAUGGUGUGAAGAAUUAAAUCAAUGUAGUACCGGUAUAUUCCGACACCGACAAGGUUGGUUGGAUAAAGGAUGUGAUGAGAAAAGUAUUAAAGAAGAGAGCAGUUGUCCAGCAAGUCCCAAAACAUUAAUACGAAGUAAUGAUAAUCAUGAUGCUGCCCACAUUAUUUCUGAAGGAGAAUUAUCAGCGGAUGUUCAACCAAAUCGAUUGGCUAAUGAACCCAAUAUUGCUGAACAAUCUCACAGCCAUGUAAAUAUAAGUCAUAUGAGUGUUUCUGGAAUCAUUAGUAUUCUUCUAGUUGUUUCCUUGAUCUCAGGUUUGGCUGGUUGGGCUGUUUAUGCCUAUCGCAAUCCUCAUAGUGCAUCAGGACAAAUUUUAAUUCGAUAUCGUCCAAGUCAAUGGAGCUGGCGGAGAGGUGAAGCACGUUAUACAGCAGCAACUAUUCACAUGUGAUGAAAUAUAUUUAAGCAUCACAGUAAUUGAUAUUCAACUUUAAGAGCAUGUCUUCAAGAUGAUAUGAUCUACACUAUCUAUGGAAUUUAAAAUGAUUCGUGUUAAUUCACCUGCUUUUCUUUAGUGUUCAACUAUUUUUUUAUUUUUAUUUUUUUUUAAUAUUUACAUCGAUCGUAUUAUUAUUGGUCGCAAAAUAAUCGAAAUUUGUACAUUUUUAUAUAUUACAUGAUAUAACAUCGUUAUGGUACAAUUUUAAAUGACAUUGGAUUUAUUCAAUGAUUUUAAGGUAGUUGUAGCGUGAUAGGCAUUUCAACAGAAAAUUAUGAAAUUUUUUUUAUUGAAAGAUAAAUAUAUUA